AUAUAUUUAUUAUAUAGUGAAAUAAAAAUACAGAAUAUAUUUUGUGAAAUAAAAAUGUCCGAUAUUGAAAAUAUGGCAUUGAAAUGGAAAUCCACUGGCGAAGCCAACGAGAACAUUCCGCCGUUUAGCCCUAACAAGUUUAUAGAAGAAAUGCUAGAACGGACCACUGAUCUCGAUGCGGCUACCGAAAAUCUGAAAAAGAUACAGAAAAAAUUGGUAUUUAUGCUACUGGAAGGACCAUGGGACUAUAAUGAUGAACAUAUGACCAUGGUAAAGGGUUAUUAUGAUACACUGCUGACGAAUAAGGACAGAACAAUUGAUGAGCUAAACGCAAAAUUGCGCGAUAGCGAAGGGGCAGACAGGAGUCAAGCUGAGUGCCAAAACUGCGUGAAUUUGGAGAAUCGUCUGGAGAAACUUACGAAGGAGUUUGCAGACAUGCAAGAGAAUUUGCGCGACGCAGAGUUUAAGAAUUCCAAGCACAAAGUACAGGUCGAGCGUAAGAAGCGUGAACAUCGCAGAGCUUUGGACAUCAUUGAGAGUAGAAACGCCGACCUUAAUUUGGAAAUUGGGGCGUUAAAUCAAAAAGUUCUCUUAAUGAAAUUGCAGGAGCAGAAACUAAACCAGCAACUAAGUGAAUUGGGUGCUACUGGGGACAAGAAACUGGAUUUGAAUUUGCAGAUUGAUGCACUGAAUCAGAAAAUUGAGUCAAUGAGAUUGCAAGAGCAGCAGCUAUACGACAAGUUAAAUAAUCAGCGUAGUGAAUUAGACGAAACUAAGAGCCAGAACGUGAACAAAAAUUUGGAAAUUUCUGCACUGAAUCAGAAAAUUGAUCAGCAGGAGAAGAUUCUCAACUAUCUGCGCAGUGAAUUUAGCGCAACUGAGGCCAAGAACCUAGCCUUGAUGUCGGAAAUUGAUGCAAUGAAAAAGGAAAUUGGGUCGAUAAGAUUGGAGGAGAAUCAGCUGAACUCUCAGCGGAGUGAAUUGGACGACACUAUGAACAGGAACGUAUCUUUGAGUUCGGAAAUAGCUGCAUUAAAUCAGAAAGUUGAGUCUAUGAAAAUGCAGGAGCAGCAGCUUAACAAUGAGACCAAUUGUCUUCGGAGCAGAUUGGUCGCUACUGAAAACAUGAACGUGGACUUGAACACAGAAAUUACUGCACUGAAUCGGGAAAUUGGGUCGAUGAAAUUGGAGCAGCAGAAGCUAAGCUAUCAGCGUACUGAAUUGAGCACCACAGAGAACAAGAACGUGAGUUCGGAAAUAGCUGCACUAAAUCAGAAAAUUGAGUCGAUGCAAAUUCAGGAGCAGCAGCUCAAAGAUCAUAUUAUUAAUCUGCGAAGCGGAUUGCUCGCCACUGAAAGCAAGAACAUAGAGCUCAAUUCAGAAAUUACUGCACUGAAUGAAGAAUCGAUGAAAUUAAGAGAGCAGAAGUUGAGCUAUCAGCCUUGUGAAUUGUGCGCCACUGACAGUAAGAACGUGGACUUGAAUCCAGAAAUUACUGCACUAAAUCGGGAAAUUGAGUCGUCGAAAUUGCUGGAGCAGGAGCUCAGCAUGAAGAUAAGUUAUCUUCAAAGCGGAUUGGUCGCCACUGAAAACAAGAACGUGGCCUUAAAUUCGGAAAUUGAUUCACUGAAUCAGAAAAUUGAGUCAAUGAGAUUGGAAGAGCAGCAGCUCAUAUAUCAGCUGACGAUGUACAAGCAACGCAAUCAGAUCAAUGUCCGUAAGCUGCAUAUGCAGGUAAGGCUGCGUAAGUUCGCGGAUUUGAAGAACACUCUGGACGAAGGCAGUGCCUUUGAUUGGUUGGGUGAAAGCUUCGCCGAUGGGGAUGCUUUGGAGCAGGUCACUAAGCUGUUUGGCAUACUGCGGCAAAAGCGUAUAGAGGUCGAUUACCAAUUGAGCAAACUAAAGAUUUCAGCUCCAGCUACCAAGGAUUCGCACUCUCAAACAUAUUUCACCUCGUCAUCUAAGUGCAGCAUAAAAGAAUUCACCUCGCCACCUGAGGGCAGCACAAAGGAAUUCACCACGCCUUCUGAGGGGAGCAUAAAUGAUUUCACCACUCCACCCGAGGACAGCACAGAAGAUUUCGAAGGCUAAUUUGUUCUUCCCGUUUCUGGUUAAAUUGGUGCCGCAUCAGAGUAUCAAAAUACAUCAGAAAAAUAAAUACUAAACCCAACAUUUGCGCCUAAUUUUGUAAAUCAUGAUAUCGUAAUUAAUUUUUGCAGCAACCAAACAGUUCGAGAAGAAGAAGAAGAAGCAGCAGCAGAAGAAAGGUUAGCCGACAAAGCCGUAGCCACGUCAACGUCGGCGUCAGCGUCGCUGCUGGCGUCAGCGUCUUUAGCCAGAAAUGGCUGCAGACUCUCUCGCUCUCACGCAAAACCAAUUAAUAUUUGAGCUGCUGCUCCUGCAGCAACAAUUAAA